AUGGAAAGAGCUCCCUUGGAGGAAGGGCAGCCGGCCCGAGCCCAAGAGUGUGCCCAAGCUGCCCUCUCCUGCGGUAGCGAAGAGACAGUGUUCAGCCAUUCUCUUUGCAGAGGUGUGGAAACUGCUGCUGUACCUCCAGUCCAGUUUGAGGAGGUGUCUGUGCAUUUCACUGAGGCAGAGUGGGUCCUGCUGGAUCCAGACCAAAGACAUCUCUACAAGGAAGUCAUGCUGGAGAACUAUGGGAGUGUGGCCUCUCUGGGCAAACCUUUUGAAUGCUCAGAGUGUGGAAAGAGAUUCAGUCAGAGUGGCACUCUUCAACUGCAUCUAAGAACCCACACAGGGGAGAAACCUUUUGAAUGCUCAGAGUGUGGAAAGAGAUUCAGUUGCAGUGGCAAUCUUCAAAGGCAUUUAAGAACCCACACAGGGGAGAAACCUUUUGAAUGCUCAGAGUGUGGAAAGAGAUUCAGUCAGAGUGGCCAUCUUCAAAGUCAUCAAAGAACCCACACAGGGGAGAAACCUUUUGAAUGCUCAGAGUGUGGAAAGAAAUUCAGUCGCAGUGGCACUCUUCAGCUGCAUAAAAUAACCCACAAAGGGGAGAAACCUUUUGAAUGCUCAAAGUGUGGAAAGAGAUUCUGUCGGAGUAGCAAUCUUCAAAGGCAUCAAAGAACCCACACAGGGGAGAAACCUUUUGAAUGCUCAGAGUGUGGAAAGAGAUUCAGUCGGAGUAACACUCUUCAACUGCAUCAACGAACCCAUACAGGGGAGAAACCUUUUGAAUGCUCAGACUGUGGAAAGAGAUUCAGUCACAGUGGCACUCUUCAACUGCAUAAAAGAACCCACACAGGGGAGAAACCUUUUGAAUGCUCAGAAUGUGGAAAGAGAUUCAGUCAGAGUAGCACUCUUCAACGGCAUCAAAGAACCCACACAGGGGAGAAACCUUUUGAAUGCUCUGAGUGUGGAAAGAGAUUCAGUCACAGUGGCAGUCUUCAACAGCAUCAACGAACUCAUACAGGGGAGAAACCUUUUGAAUGCUCAGACUGUGGAAAGAGAUUCAGUCACAGUGGCCCUCUUCAACUGCAUCUAAGAACCCACACAGGGGAG